AUGGGUAAACAUCCCAGGAGACACCAAAGAGAGAAGCCAUUUGAAUGUGAUGUUUGCAAGAAAAAAUUUUCAAAACCAGGCAUUCUAACUCGACAUAGGAAAACACACACGAAGGGCAAAUCGUCUGAAGGUAGUGUUUCAAAACCAAGCAUUCUAACUCGACAUAAGAAAGCACACACAAAGGACAAAUCGUCUGAAGGUAGUGUUUCAAAACCAGGCAUUCUAACUCGACAUAAGAAAACGCACACAAAGGGCAAAUCGUUUGAAGGUAGUGUUUUAAAACCAAGCGUUACAACUCGACAUAAGAAAACACACGCAAAGGGCAAAUCGUCUGAAGGUAGAGUUUGCAAACAGAGAUUUUUGCAAUCGAUUGGUUUGGUAAAGCAUAAAAGAACGCAGAUUAAGGAAAGGUCUGCUGAGCUUGAAAGCAAUGUUAAUGUCACAGCAUCGACUGAACCAAGCAGUUCCAAUAACCAGAAUCAGCCGCACACUGAAGAAACACAACCUGAACACCGUUUUAAUGAUGAUGGUGAAGAUGAUGGUAGCGAUUAUGGUAAUGAUAAUGACAAUAGUGAUUAUGAUGAUGAUGAUGAUGGGGAUGAUGAUGAUGAUGAUAGGGAUGAUAAUGGUAUUUGUAAUGAAAGUUUUUCAGAAUCAAGUACCUUACUAGAAAAUCAAAGGACGCACACUG